AUGGUUUGGUUUUUGAUGAUCGGUUUUUUACACCUCCUCGCAUUCCAAACUGAUUGCUUUCCAACCAAACUAACAGCCUCAUCCGGGUGGCCUACAACUCACAUGGAAAAUUGUAGACCCAAUGAGAUUGAUCAAACACCCACACUGACACCAUCAACGGAAGACUUGUCUCAUCAAUUUUCAAACACCCCUUCCAGUAGUACCAUUGUAGAUAUCUUGAGUGAACGCCCUCAGAUUCAUAUAGAUCUAAACACUGAACCAGAAUGGACUGAAGAGUUACUUUCUGAUAAAGAUAAAGAUGUGUCGGCAAGUAGAAAGAGGAAGAACAUCUUUGAGAAAAAAUCAAAGAGCUCAAGCUCUUCAAGAAAAUCAAAUGCAAUAUCUGAUUUUUCAUCAAAGCAGAAUAAACUUCAAAUUGACUUGAACAGCUUUCCACCAGAGAUAACUGAAGAGGUUAUCUCAGAAAAUUCACCACAAAGGACUCCAUCAAGCGCAGUUGUGAUCUUACCAUCUCGUGAAAAUCAGUGGUCAGAAGCUUCCACUUCAAAUGUUGAUAGGCUAUACACCAACAGUCCAGAAAACCAAUGUAUGAUUCAAGGCAUAGACCCAAUGAAUGAAGAUUCUUCACCUAAAAAUGUUGCUUCCAUCACGCCACUCCCAAAUAUCAGUGCAAGAAAGGAACAAGAGAAACCCAAUCUGGAGCGGUUCAAUAGCAACAAUAGUUUGUUUACAGAAAGUGAAAGGUGUUCCACUUCAAAUUCCAAACAUAAAGAUAGUCAAUGGACCACUCAAUCUCUAAGCCAAGACACACAUUCAGGUACUCCCAAAUCUCUUCCACCACCACAAAACCUACAUGGACCCCACACAGAAUUCUCAGAUGUAGUGGUUUCAAAUACAAAUAUGAAAGUCUCUCCAAGCAGCCAUUCUCAGAGAAAAGUUUCCAGAGCACAUCCUUCUGAUAUUUACACAGAUGUAGCAUACUUUCACCUUGAUAAUUCACCUAUUUUAGCCCAAAUUAAUUCUUGGUUCCAUGACUUCAAGACAGAGAUGUACCACAAAAAUAAGAGUUCAAAAGAGGUUCAGUUACACAUUGAUUAUCUUAUCAAGAGGACUCAAGAAGGUUUAACCAUUGGUUUUUUAGGAUGUCUGUAUAUCUUUGAGCACCAAAAAGCUCAUUGGAAAGAUCUCUCAGCACUCUUUGAAGAUGGUUGGGAAUUCUUGAAAAGUUUAUUUGGACAAUGGAAAGAGAUCAAUUUUGAAGAUCUUGAAAAGAUGAACUUUAAUGAUUCCUUUGAUUCAAGUUAUUGGUCAACUAACCCUUGGAAAAAUGCAAAAUAUUUUUUGGAUAUGGACGUAAGACAAAAAAUCCCAAUGUCAAUGUACAUUGAUCUUCAUGAGUUAUGGUCCCGUAGGGGUUCAAAUCCAAUGGAAAUGAAGGAUAUCCAAGCCAUGCACAGAGACUUCUUCAAAGUGGUAAAGGAGAUGGAUCCAGAGAUUUUACAAAACAAGUUUCACAAGCUUGCCUGUGUGAAUAGUCAAGAAUUCAAAUCAUAUUUACAGGGAAUCAACACUGAUGACACUCAAGCUGCAGCUAUAAAAGACAAACCAAAGGUAAUCCGGUUAUCUGAUACACUCAAGAUCACAGGAAGAAAACAUGCAUCAGAAAGGCUUAGUACAGAGAUACAUGUGUACUUCAAAAACAUGCAUUCUGAGGUCACAGAUGCUUAUUACACACAUCUUGUUGGAUCACUGUAUGCUGAUGGUAUGAAGGCUUCAUCAACUCAUGCUCAGGGAACUAUCCAAUCAGAUGAACAACUUCUUAAAGAUUGCAAAAAGGCAAUAAACCAAGCACACUCACAAGUGACCUUUGGAUUCUUGGGAAGCCUGUUCAAGAUAUAUCAGCACAUGCUAAAUGGUACAGAGAUGGAAGAAGUAUUUCAAAACGGGUGGAAGUUCCUUGUAGGACAAUUUAACACAUGGUCAAAGGAUAUUGUAAAGAUUCUCCAGAUCAACAAACAACAAAACUUUUUACAAAUCAGACCCAUCAGAACAAACAGUAUGAGAAACUCUUUGGAUAUCUUUCAAUAUCUUGUAACACAUCAAACCCCUUAUGUUCCAGUGAAUUGUGUACACGCACUCUUGAAUUGGUGGAUCAGUGAUCUUGCUCAUCAAGAAGAGAAGAUGGGAAGAAAAAUGAACUUUAGAAUUCCUGAUCUGAUUAAACAGACUCUUGGAAGUGCUUUAAAGAAUCCAAGAAGAAUGUUUCAGAAAAGGUAUGCAAUGUAG